UUCUGUACCGUUUUCAUUUUUCUCAAUUUUUGAAAACAGAAACUCCGUACUCUUGCUCGUCACCAGCCGUCUUCCUGCUACCUCCGGCGGAGAGUAACUGAUCGGAGACGGUGACCACGCAGAGAGAUAUGAUAUGGAGAACAACUGUAUCCAAGAUACCCAGCAACAUUGAGUACUCACUCCUCAAAGACAUUGUCUCAUUCUGCAACUCAAGGUCCGUACGAGAUGGGAUUUGCAUUCACAGUGCCAUUAUCAAAAUGGGUUUUCAGGAAGACAUGUUUCUUAGUAACAAUCUGUUGUCUCUAUAUGGAAAGUGUUUUGGAGUGGCGGAAGCACGCCAAUUGUUCGAUGAAAUGCCUUGUAGAGAUGUUGCGUCUUGGACAAUGCUCAUGUCCGCUUAUGGGAAAAUUGGAAACCAUGAAGAGGCUCUUGAACUGUUUGACUCAAUGUUGAUUUCUGGGGAAUACCCAAAUGAGUUUACGCUCUCGACUGCAUUGCGGUCGUGUUCUGCUUUGAGGGAAUUCAAUCAUGGGACUCGACUUCAGGCGCUUGUGACAAAGUCUGGGUUUGAUUCAAAUCCGGUUUUAGGCAGUGCUUUGAUUGAUUUUUACUCCAAAUGUGGGUGUACUCAAGAAGCAUACAGAGUAUUUGAGUAUAUGAACAAUGGGGAUAUUGUUUCUUGGACUAUGAUGGUGUCUUCCUUUGUUGAAGCAGGGAGUUGGAGUCAAGCUUUACAACUUUAUCACCGAAUGAUCCAAACUGGGGUUGCUCCAAAUGAGUUUACCUUUGUGAAGCUUUUGGCUGCAUCCAGUUUUCUUGGUUUGAAAUAUGGGAAAUUAGUGCAUGCCCAUUUGAUGAUGUGGCGGAUUGAACUGAAUUUGGUUUUGAAGACAGCCCUUGUAGAUAUGUACUGUAAAUGCCAGAGCAUAGAGGAUGCUGUCAAGGUUUCAAAACUGACGCUAGAAUAUGAUGUAUUUUUGUGGACUGCCAUCAUCUCUGGUUUCACUCAAAGCUUGAAGUUCAGGGAGGCUAUCACUGCAUUUCAUGAGAUGGAGACCUCUGGAGUUGUACCGAAUAAUUUUACCUAUUCUGGUAUCCUAAAUGCUUGUUCAUCAAUCCUGGCACUGGACUUGGGUAAACAGAUUCACUCAAGGGUUAUCAUGGCUGGAUUGGAGAAUGAUGUUUCUGUUGGAAAUUCACUUGUCGACAUGUAUAUGAAAUGUUCCAACAUGAUAGAAGAUGCUGUGAGGGCAUUUAGAGGGAUAGCAUCACCCAAUGUCAUCUCUUGGACCUCUCUGAUUGCUGGUUUUUCUGAACAUGGACUUGAGCAUGAAUCGAUUAAGGCGUUUGGAGCAAUGCAAGGUGUAGGGGUGCGACCAAAUUCCUUUACGCUCUCUACCAUCCUUGGAGUUUGUGGAACAAUAAAGUCUCUAACUCAAACAAGGAAGCUUCACGGGUAUAUAAUUAAAAACAAUGCGGAUAAUGAUGUAGUCGUUGGCAAUGCUCUUGUAGAUGCUUAUGCUGGAUUGGGGAUGGUGGAUGAUGCAUGGCAUGUGACCAGUACGAUGAAGCAUAGAGAUGUCAUCACAUACACAAGCUUAGCCACAAGAAUAAAUCAGACAGGUAAUCAUGAAAUGGCAUUAAACAUCAUCACUCACAUGAACAAGGAUGAUCUUAGAAUGGAUGGAUUCAGCCUCGCAAGCUUCUUAUCCGCAGCAGCAGGUAUACCUACAAUGGAAACUGGGAAGCAGCUUCACUGUUACUCUGUGAAGUCUGGCUUAGGCAACUGGAUUUCAGUCUCAAAUGGCCUGGUUGACUUGUAUGGGAAAUGUGGAUGCAUACAUGAUGCACAUAGAGCUUUUCUGGAAAUUACUGAGCCGGAUGCUGUAUCAUGGAAUGGGUUAAUAUUUGGAUUGGCAUCAAAUGGGCAUGUCUCGUCUGCCUUAUCUGCCUUUGAAGAUAUGAGGUUAGCUGGAGUUGAACCAGAUCAGAUUACAUGCUUGUUAGUACUUUACGCUUGCAGUCAUGGUGGCUUGGUUGAUAUGGGGUUGGACUAUUUCCAAUCUAUGAGAGAAAAACAUGGUAUCAGACCACAACCAGAUCACUAUGUUUGUUUAGUUGAUCUCCUUGGUCGAGCAGGCCGGCUAGAGGAGGCCAUGAAUGUAAUAGAAACCAUGCCUUUCAAACCAGAUGCAUUAAUCUACAAAACACUAUUGGGUGCCUGCAAACUACAUGGGAACAUACCUCUUGGGGAACAUAUGGCAAGACAAGGCCUCGAGCUUGACCCUUCUGAUCCAGCAUUCUAUGUACUGCUUGCUAACCUGUAUGAUGAUUCUGGCCGGUCCGAGCUAGGGGAGAAAACUCGGAGGAUGAUGAGGGAGAGAGGCGUGAGGAAGAAUCCUGGUCAGAGCUGGAUGGAGGAGAGGAACAUGGUUCAUCUCUUCACAGCAGGAGAUACAUCACAUCCACAGAUAGGUAAGAUUCAUGAAAAGAUUGAAUCACUGAUAGCUCAGUUUAGGAAUCAGGGAAUUUGGUAUCAAGAAAAUAGAGCUUUGGCCCAUCACAGUGAGAAAUUGGCUGUUGCAUUUGGCCUUAUCAGUACACCACCAAAAGCUCCAAUACGCAUUAUUAAGAACAUUCGCAUUUGCAGAGAUUGUCAUGACUUUAUAAUGAACGUGACUAGGUUGGUUGAUAGAGAGAUCAUUGUGAGGGAUGGGAACCGCUUCCAUUCCUUCAAGAAAGGUGAGUGCUCAUGUAGAGGCUAUUGGUAGUUUUUCAACCAGGGAAAAUCAGGAUAUGUUUGGGAAUGUCUUUCCAAAUAGGUAGUAAAGGUUUGUUUGGGAAAUGGAAUGUUUCAUUCUCGACC